AUGUGGUCUUUGCUACAGUACUCAGAGGAGGAGACGGAUGGCUCGGCGAUUGAGGGGCAGGGCGACAAGAGCGGCAACUUGAACGUGCGUGUGGGCACCGUGAACAAAAGGGGGCAGGUCAAGCCGGGCAGCAAGUGGGUCUACGCCUACUUCCUCGUCUCUGGCGGCUCCUUGCACUUUUACAUCAGGAAGGAGGACAAUGACCCCAAGGCGUCCAUCAUACUCAAGAACGCGACACUCAACAAGACCGUCGAGUGUCGGCCGUUCAAGCACUGCUUCUCGAUCACCACGGCCACGUUGGAGAUCCUGGUUUCCGCCCAGGGCGCGGAGGAAUGGAGCAGCUGGACUUCGGCCCUGGAGGCCGCCGCCUCCAAGCUUCCGACUGGGGACAAGGUCGCCAAGCUGAACCUAAAGGAGCGCGCCAAGCGGUCGGUCAUCGCCAAGACGACGACUUCGAAGAUGGGCAAGCGGGCCAUCAAGAGCAAGGCCCCGCCCCAGAUGACAGAGCUCAUCAAUGCGCUCAAGACGCUGGUCCAAAGAGAGACCGGAUCGAGCCGUAAGGCCAACGAUAUGGAGAACAACGUCUUGCGCGUCGGAGUCAAGAUGUAUUUCCUCGUAGUUGACGGCAAAUUGGAGCCUCGGCAGGUCCUCCUCGCAGACCAACCCCUCCGACAAGCGCUCAAGGUGUUUGGCGGAUGUCGCGACCACGUUUCCGCUGUUCGCUUUUCCGGGAGGAUCACGCUGAAGAAAGAUCUCCUCGAGACGCGACUCGAGGAGGUGGCCAUGCUGGUGCGUCAGGCCGGUGAGCAUCUCACCGAGAGCCUGCAGCCCUAUGUGAGGCCUGCGAAUAUCCAACGUAUCAACGAUACAGUAGCCUACUUUGGCAAUCCUGAGGUGUUGAUGCGGGUGCUGUUGGACGAAACGUACGAGCCCGAUUUGGAUGUGCUCAUGCUCGCUGCCAAGCACUACGCGCAGUUCCACUUCUACGAGGAGGACAUAGCGCCCAUGGCCAGGAGGCUUACAAUGGCCUUGUAA